AUGCGCGCGAGCGACGCGACGCGAGGUGCGGCGGCGGCGGCGCCGCGCGCGUCGAACGCGAAGGCGAACGCGAAGGCGGACGUCGAGGCGAGUCGGCGGCGACGCCGCGACGGGGAGGAUGACUACGGCGAGCGGUCGGGAGGGGAGGAGGAGGAGAACGCGGAUCGGGCGCGACGCGGACGAGACGAUCGACGCGCGGGCGAACGCAGGCGACGGUCGCGGUCGAGGGAGGGCGAAGGCGAAGACCGAGGGCGAAGGCGGGCGCGGAGACGGUCGAGAUCGCGGUCGCGAGACCGCGCGAGGUUGUCGACGCCCGAACGCGAAGAGGAACGGGAGAGGAAGCGACAAGAGCGAGAGGCGGAUCGUCAGCGCAGAGAGCUGGAGAAGCUCGAUCGAGAUACGAGGACGGUGUUCGUGACGAAUUUAAGCACGAAGCUCGACGAGCGAGGCAUCUUCAAGUUUUUCAGUAAAGUUGGAAAGGUGACGGACGUGCGGAUCAUUUACGAUAGGAACACGCCGAAGAGUAAGGGGAUGGCGUACGUUGAGUUCGCCGAUAAGAAGUUCAUACACCCCGCGUUGGAGCUCACCGGACAAGAGUUAAACGGGCAAGCCAUCGCGGUGAAGACUAGCGAGGCGGAGAAGAACAUCGCGUGGGAGGCGGAGCAGGCGCAAAAGAAGAAGCUCGGGGCGAGUUAUGGACAGGGAGUGCCCUACAUUGCGUCGGCGGGGCCGUGUAAGUUGCGAGUCGGUGGACUUCACCUCGGCUUGAGCGAGGACGACGUCAAAGCCGUGUUCGAGCCGUUCGGCGAGCUUGACUUCAUAUCUAUGAUCAAAGACGACGAUCCGGGCGCCGCGGGCAAGUUUGCGAGCGCGUUCGUGCAGUUCAAGCUGACACAGCACGCCAUGCUCGCGCUAUCGCAACUGAAUGGGUUAGAACUCGUCGGUAUUCCCAUUCGCGUUUCCAUUGCGAGCCAAGGUGUGCAAGCAGCGGCGAGCACGAUGGCGGCGCCGGUCGAGUCGCUCGGUGAGCUCGACGAGGGUAGCGGUGGUUUACGAAUGGACAGUCGUGGUCGUGCGGCACUCAUGGCGCGUCUCGCCGGUCAAGACAAAGAGAUAGAGAAGGGAUUCACCAUCGAUCCGAGCACUGGCUUGCCGACGACGGCGGAUGCGGUGAAGCCGAUUGAUGUACCCGGCGAGGCGUUACCGCUCGCAGCGCAACCAAUCACGCAAGGGGUACUCGGCCCGGGUUCGCCGAUCCCAACGCCGUGCAUAUUGCUCAAAAACCUGUUCAACGCCGCGGAAGAAACCGAUCCGGAGUGGUGGUUGGACAUCGCCGAGGACGUCAAGGGAGAGUGCGAAAAGUUUGGCGAAAUCACGCACGCCUUCGUGGAUAAGGAUAGUCAGGGAUUCGUGUAUCUCAAGUUUGUCGAUACCGCUUCAAGCACGCGCGCGCAGCAAGCACUUCACGCGAGAUGGUUUGCAGGUAGAAAGAUUGCGGCCGAGUUUCAGUUCGCGGAAGUGUACGACGGACACUUCGGACUGAAAAAAUAA